GCUAACAACGUUCACAGUGAAACCUCCCGAGUCCUCCGUCUGUGGCGUUCAAUCUUAACAACUAAGACAGAAGUUCCAGGCGAACUUCCAUUUCAUACCACUGUUUACUCGUUACUCAAUUCAUCUUCAUCUUCUCCAAUUCUCUCUCCUCAAAAUCUCAUCUUCACCAUUUUCGCCAUUUCCAACGAACUCUCCUCUCACUUCCAUCGCCGAAACGAUCGAGGAGAGAGAAAGAAAGAUAAAGUCGAAGAAGGAGAAAAAAAUUGAAGGAUUUCAAUGGCGUUGUCUGCUUCAGACCUACCGAUGAUGUACCAAUUGCUCUCGAAUUCUCUCAGUGGCGACGAAACUGUACGUAAACCAGCGGAAGCUGCGCUUUCGCAGUCGGAGAGUCGUCCUGGUUUCUGCUCUUGUUUAAUGGAGGUGAUUACUUCGCAAGAUUUGGCUGCUCAGGUUGAUGUUCGUUUGAUGGCGACUGUUUAUUUUAAAAACAGUAUUAAUCGGUAUUGGAGAAACAGGCGGGAUUCUAUGGGAAUCAGCAGUGAUGAGAAGAUUUAUCUGAGGCAAAAAUUGUUAUCUUACUUGAGAGAAGAAAAUGAUAAGAUAGCUUUGAUGCUGGCAGUACUGAUAUCAAAAAUAGCACGCUAUGAUUAUCCUAAAGAGUGGCCUGACCUUUUUUCUAACUUAGCCCAACGACUUCAAUCAGCAGAUGUUCUUUCUUCACAUAGAAUUUUUCUGAUUCUCUUCCGGACUUUGAAGGAACUGUCAACUAAACGGCUAACUUCAGACCAACGGAAUUAUGCAGAGAUAUCUUCUCAAUUUUUUGAAUACUGCUGGCAUCUUUGGCAAAAUGAUGUGCAGAGAAUAUUGCAUGGUUUUUCUGAGCUGGUGCAUAAUAUGAGUUCAAAUGUCUUGGAACCACAUCAAAAUGAGUUGUAUCUAACGUGUGAGCGGUGGUAUUUGUGUUUAAAGAUAAUACGCCAGCUAGUUAUCUCUGGAAACCAGAGUGAUUCCAAGUCUUUGCAGGAAGUCCGACAGGUCAAGGAGGUUUCUCCCAUGCUAUUAAACGCCGUUCGAUCAUUAAUUCCUUAUUAUUCAUCUUUCCAAGAACGGCAUCCUAGGUUCUGGGAUUUCAUAAAAAGGGCAUCUACAAAGAUGAUGAAGGUUCUAAUUGCUUUUCAGGGAAAACAUCCUUACUCAUUUGGUGAUAAGAGCGUCCUUUCACCAGUGAUGGAUUUCUGUUUAAAUAAGAUCACCAAUCCCGAGGCUGAGCUUUUUUCAUUUGAGCAAUUCCUUAUCCAGUGUAUGGUGUUGGUAAAAUCUACACUGGAAUGCAAAGACUACAGUCCUAGCUUAAUUGGUCGUGUGGUGGAUGAAAAUGCACUCACUUCAGAGCAGAGGAAGAAAAGUAUAUCUGUUGCCAUUGCUGGGAACCUUGCCUUGCUCUUCCCCAAUGAUCUUGUGGUACUUUUGUGCAAUGUAUUAGUACGAAGGUAUUUUGUUUUAUCAGCAAGUGAUUUGGAAGAAUGGAGCCAAAAUCCUGAAGGCUUUCAUCAUGAACAGGACAUGGUGCAGUGGACCGAGAAACUAAGACCCUGUGCGGAAGCUCUUUACAUUGUUUUAUUUCACAAGUACAGCCAACUUCUAGGUCCUGUGGUUGUCUCUAUUCUUCAAGAAGCGAUGAGCGGUUGCCCUACUUCAGUGACUGAAAUUACUUCAGGGUUGCUUCUCAAAGAUGCUGCUUAUGGAGCCGCUGCAUAUGUUUAUUAUGAACUCUCAAACUACCUAAGCUUCAAAGAUUGGUUUAAUGGUGCCUUGUCAUUGGAAUUAACCAACGAUCAUCCGAACAUGCGUGUCAUCCACCGAAAGGUUGCAUUGAUACUUGGUCAAUGGGUCUCAGAGAUUAAAGAUGAUACCAAAAGAUCGGUGUAUUGUGCUGCCAUCAAGCUGCUCCAGGAUAGAGACCUUGCUGUCAGGCUGGCAGCAUGUAGGACUUUGUGCUUGCUUAUAGAAGACUCAAACUUCUCUGAGAAGGAGUUCACCGAUCUUCUUCCACUAUGUUGGGAUUCGUGUUUUAAUUUGGUUGAGGAAGUUUUGGAAUUUGACUCGAAGGUCCAGGUUUUAAAUUUGAUAUCCGUUCUUCUUGGACAUAUCGGUCAAGUGAUUCCUUAUGUGGACAAGUUGGUAAAGUUUUUUCAGAAGGUAUGGGAAGAAUCCUCCGGAGAAAGUCUUCUGCAAAUGCAGCUUCUUAUUGCACUGAAAAACUUUGUUGUGGCUCUUGGUUAUCAGUCACCUAUAUGCUACAAUAUAUUACUACCCAUUUUGCAAAGAGGAAUCGAUGUGAAUGGCCCAGACGAGCUCAAUCUUAUGGAGGACAGUAUGGUGUUGUGGGAAGCUACCCUUACAUAUGCGCCAUCGAUGGUUCCACAGCUAUUGAACUUCUUCCCGAGUCUUGUGGAUAUCAUUGAAAGAAGUUUUGAUCACCUGACGGUUGCGGUUGAAAUCAUUGAGGGUUAUAUAAUCUUGGGUGGAACUGAAUUCUUAAAUCAGCAUGCGUCAAGUGUUGCUAAGCUUCUGGAUAUGAUAGUUGGAAACGUAAAUGAUAGGGGCCUUUUGUCAGUUCUUCCUGUCAUUGAUAUUUUGGUGCAGUGUUACCCUAUGGAAGUACCUCCUCUUAUCAGCAGUACGCUUCAGAAAUUGGUUGUUGUCUGUCUUUGUGGAGGAGAUGAGUGUGACCCCUCUAAAACAGCUGUAAAAUCAUCCUCAGCCGCCAUUUUAGCAAGAAUUCUAGUGUUGAAUACCAAUUACCUUGCUCAGUUAACAUCAGAAUCUUCGCUUCUGUUACUGCUCCAAGGUGCAGGUUUUCCUCUGGAGGAGAACAUACUCCUCUGUCUGGUUGAUAUAUGGCUAGAGAAGGUUGAUAAUAUGACUUCCAUUCAGAGGAAAACAAUCGGUUUGGCACUUUCUAUUAUUUUGUCCCUAAGGUUGCCUCAAGUUCUUGAUAAACUUGACCAGAUUCUAAGUGCUUGUACAAGUGUGAUAUUGGGUGGUAAUGAUGACUUGUCAGAGGGAGAGUCCAGGCCUCAAAUUGAAGGAACUGUAUUAAGUAAAGAAUUCAAGAAGAGGCAGAUCAAAUCAUCGGACCCUAUUAAUCAGAUGUCAGUCGAGAAUGCAGUGAGAGAGAACCUUCAAACAUGUGCAGCCCUUCAUGGAGAUACCUUUAAUGCUGCAAUAAGUAGAAUGCAUCCUUCAGCACUUGCGCAAAUGAAGCAGGCAUUAAAGAUGUCAUAACAAAGCAACUGUUUCCUCUUGUCGACAUAUUUACUCCUUGCAAUUUUUGGUAAUUUUAUGCUUGGAGAACUCAAGGUUACAUCCUGAACGUCAUAUCUCUAUUGUGAAUGAAGAUCAUUGCCAAAUUUUUGGUGGCAAGCUUGUCGUGUGUCGUGCAUUCUUUACGAUUCUUUUUAUUGGUGUUGGGCUUUUCUUCCCUCGUUAGUUUACCUCUUUUUCCCCCAUUUCUUUCUGUUUUGCCUUACCAAGUUAUAAUCGAUAUCUUAGCCUCUUGUACAUGCCGGUUGUGGCGAUAGGAACUCUGCACAUAGGCAUUGGACAUGCCUUUGUAUGUAUUCUUGAUUCCCUACGUAAGAGUCUCUAACAGAUAUUACUCAAGUAAUGAGCUUUCACAGAAGUAAAUGCCAUAUGAUUGUUUUCUCCUA